UAUAUUUUCCAUUUGCAGAAAUAUGUUUUGAGGGAUACUAUUACAAGCAAGAUUGAUAUAUUUGAUAGUUUGCUUAAGGAUCACUCCAAGAAGCAUAAAGAUCUGAAGGUGGAAUUGUGUUUGAUGUUGCAAUUUGUUGAAGAAUCCAUGGGGACUCUUCUAGAAGUUGUUAAAAAACAAAAUGCAAGAAAUGAGGAUGAUGGGAAUGGGGAUGUGAAUGCCAAUGAUGGUCUAGGGACUACUGGAAAAGAUAUUGCAGAGGUUGUUUUGGAGUGUCCAAGAACUGUUGGACAUAUAGAGCUAUUCGUACAGGAAGAGCAACAUCUUUUUGGUCAAAUUGAGCAUGAGGCUGAUAAUGCAGGAAAAUAUGGGGAUGGGGAUGCCACUGAUGGUCAACUGCAAAAUAGGGAGGCCGUAAUAUUUGUUGAGUCCCGGGAAGUUCCUGUGGAAAAUAUAGAGGAGGCUGUUAUGAAGGGUGAUGAUGCUGUUAGCCUAGGUGCAGAGGACGAUAUUAUUUCAAUGGAUAUAGCUGCCACUACUUUGGGAACACCACACAAGAUGGAUAUGGGCACUGAGGGGGUGGAGAUUGUCACCUCAUCCAAAUUCCCAGUUGCAAAAAAAGGUGGGGUAAUUCCUUAUGUCUCAAAUAAGGAAAAGCGCAAAAGAAAGCUUGGGCCAUUAUUUAAAACACCCUACACCAAUCCCACUAAAAAACAAAAAACUGAUUCAUCCUCCACGGUAACAGAAGAGGUUGAAAUUCCCAAAGACAUAUUGCCAAUGGCUUUUGAACUCAAAAGGCCAUAUCGAAGGGAGUGGUUAGCAGAAUGUCACAAAUGGAUGAAGGAUCCCAAAACACAACAUGACAAAAUUGAAUGGAUUCCUUGUACUGUUGACAAGGUCUGGUUUGCUGAGGCAAUUCAACCUGACAAAUGGUUGAGAGACCUGCAUCUUGACAUUGCUACAUACCACAUACGUCGGAGACUUGCCAAGUACCCUACCAUAUUUAAAAGGAAAGCGGCAGUGCUUGACACAAUUUUCUUUGUCGGUACCAGUCCUCCUGAAGGUGUUCCCUGGGGAGAAGUGGACUAUGUGUACUUUCCUGCAAACUUUGAUGAGAAGCAUUGGGUGGCAGUAGAGAUGAUAUUAUCAUCACGGAAAAUAAAUGUCUAUGAUUCUUACCAUGACCUUACAAGUUCUGAAAGGGGCGAUUGUGGUGUUUUUACAUUCAAAUUCAUUGAAGCAUUGAUAGCAGAAAUUCCUAUUACUGAGAUAAAUCAGAAUGACAUGACGUUUUACAGGAAAAAGUUCACAGCAGAGAGCUGGGGGGGAGAGUUCUCAUUGUGA